GUGACAGCACUUCUGUUGAAGGAAGACUUUGGGCAGAGACCAGCGCAGUGCGACAGUGUUUAACCACUUACGUUUUUCUGAGAAUGGAGGUCACUAAAGCAAGCUCUUACGCGAACGGAGACUCUAAAAGUGAUGACAAACAAUCAGAUGCGGGAUCCACAAGCUCACAGAAUGUCUGUGGAAGUUGCCGGAGUCGACUGCGACGGUGGAUACCCAUAGGUUUCAGAGACGAGGUUGUUCAACUCUUGAAGUUAGCUGGACCCGUGGUCAUUUCACAGUUGAUGAUCUUUUUGAUAAGCUUCGUCAGCACAGUGUUUUGUGGUCACCUGGGAAAGACAGAACUAGCUGGAGUGGCCCUUGCCACCGCUGUGAUCAACGUUACAGGUAUUUCCAUUGGCUCAGGACUGGCGUCAGCAUGUGAUACGCUAAUUUCACAGACAUUUGGCAGUAAUAACCUGAAGAGAGUGGGUGUGAUCCUGCAGAGGAGCAUUCUGAUCCUGCUGCUGGCCUGCUGCCCGUGCUGGGCCCUCCUCAUCAACACAGAGCCCAUCCUGCUGCUGGUCAGACAGAGCCCGCAGGUGGCCAGUUUAUCACAGUUAUAUGUGAAGAUCUUCAUGCCUGCCCUGCCUGCAGCGUUCAUGUAUCAGCUGCUGAGCAGGUACCUCCAGAAUCAGGGAAUUAUAUGGCCUCUGGUAGGAGUCGGGGUAGCAGGGAACAUUUUGAAUGGAGUGAUAAAUUACGUCUUCCUGUAUGUGCUGGACCUGGGUGUAGCUGGAUCAGCAGCAGCGAACGCCAUUUCCCAGUAUGCCUUGACUGUGUUCUUGUACGUCUACAUCAUCUGGAAGGGUCUUCAUAAAGCCACCUGGGACGGCUGGUCCAAGGACUGCCUCCAGGAGUGGGGUCCGUACCUCCGCCUGGCCCUGCCCAGCAUGCUGAUGCUCUGCGUGGAGUGGUGGACGUAUGAGAUAGGGGGAUUCCUCGCAGGUCUUAUCAGCGAGGUGGAGCUGGGAGCUCAGUCUGUUGUGUACCAGGUGGCAACCAUUGCAUACAUGUCUCCUCUGGGCUUCUCUGUGGCUGCCAGUGUCCGUGUGGGCACCGCGCUGGGGGCAGGAAACACUGAACAGGCUAUCAUGUCCGGGAAGGUGGCAGUUGUGACAGCUUUGUCGUUCUCUUGUGUGCUGGCUGUUGUGCUUGGGGCCACUAAAGACGUGAUUGCCUACAUAUUCACCACAGAGCCAGAGAUCAUCCUCCGGGUGUCAGAUGUAAUGAUCAUGUAUGGCUUUUUCCACCUUUUCGAUGCCUUGGCGGGUGUAACUGGAGGUAUUUUGAGGGGUGCAGGGAAGCAGCUGUUUGGGGCUCUGGGAAUCAUCAUGAGCUACUACUUGGUGGGAUUUCCCAUCGGCGUGUCUUUGAUGUUUGCUGCUAGUAUGGGAAUCAUAGGCUUGUGGACUGGCCUCUUUGUGUGUGGUGCCUUGGCAUCGCUGGCCUUCAUCAUCCUGUUGGUGAAGCUCGACUGGAAUAAAAUUACCAUAGAGGCCCAGCAGAGAGCAGGAGUAGAGGUCCAGGCUAAUGGCAAAGCUGAUGUGCUUGUGCUGGAAAAUAAGGCAGCCUCCGAUACCAAUGUGUAUGAAGACGUCUUGCCAGACCAAACACAGACGGAGGUGGAGACCCCUACAGACGUGGAGGGCAGCAGCAGCAGCAGCAAGGCAGAGAGUGGGAAAGAGGCCGAGGUGAAGGUGACCAUUGUGGGCGAGGUGCUCUCCAACUCCCAGCUGGUCCUCCGACGCGGCGCCGCCACCCUGGCCAUGCUCCUCAUCCUCGCACUGGGGAUCGUGAUCAACGAGCUGCUCAUCGGACACCUCAGGUGAAUCGGAAUCCAACAGGGACAUGUGCGCUGUACACACACACGCACGACACACGCACCACGCGCCAAACACACACACACAUACACACACACACACACACACACACACACACAUAAACACACACACACACACACACACACACACAUAAACACACACACACACACACACACCCACACACACACACACACCCACACACACACAUAUACACACACACACACACACACACACACACACACACACACACACACAUAAACACACACACACACACACACACACACACACAAACACACACAAACACACACACAAAGACUGACUGAGAUAGAAGAGUGGUGAAAAGAAAACAAACCAAAAACACCACAUACACACCUUUUGAAGAAAAGCUUGGCCAGUAAACUCCAUGUUAACAGCUUUACAGAUCUGACAAGGAAGCCAUUUAGCGCUCUUCUACAAUAGUGAACACUAACAUACUAGCUGCCAUUUUAGGACCCCAUGGGAGAAACUUUGUUUGAGCCAGUUAUGUGUUUAGUAAGUUUAUGUCCGGUAAUCUAACAUUGGUGUUGUUGCCUGCUGGAACGUUCUGCAUUAGCCACUGUGGACAUGGCCUUGCAUGCACACUGCCUUAAUCUCUUACACACACACACACACACACAAAUCUGUCAACAUACUCCUGUACUGUGAGUAUCAUUUAUGCUGUGGAAAUCAUAGAUUUAACCAAAAGUCAAUUUUUUGAGAGGGAGAGAGGGAAGAUGAAGGACUAUAUAUUAAAUAUAUAUGUUUGUAUGUGCCUAUAAAAUGACUGUACCUAUCACUGUGCUUAGUACUGUGCAAUAUGAAUAUCAAGGCAAAAAAAAAAAAAAAAAACUAACGUGCCAAACAUAGUGAGCUCUCAGGAACUAAACCAAAAGGAAUGUGUAAAAUCUUGUCAACUUCCAAAUCCUCUUAUGACCAAAGUAAUGCAAUCUGUGUUGUUGCUUUGAAGGAGGGAACUUCCUCAAAGGGAAGUAGUCUUAUUGUUGCUAUCUAUGAAAAGAUACUGUCAAUGAAUGUUACUGACCAUUUUUUUCACUGGUAUAUUUGUAUGUUUUAUAUUUUUGACCUCAAAACAACCAUGUGGCAAGCAUGCUCAUUGUACCACUUUGAAAGUAAUGCCUUAAAGACAAACCUCCAUUAAAGUGAAUUAGUUUUAUUA